UAUCUUUGACGAACCAAACAUCAGCGAAUCAAAUACUGAAGUAGACGAAAGGAUUAUUUAUUAAACGCUGUUGCGAUUUUCUACAUUGUUUCACUUUUUCCCGGUCAUAAUGUCUGAUGAGGAAGAUGACUAUAUGUCCGAUGCAUUUCUUAGUAAAAUACAAGAUGUCAAGCCAGGUGUCAGCAUGGUGAGGCGGGCAAAAGAAGCAAUAAAGAAGGAGACACGGCAAAUGGAGACGAACGCCAAGAACCGUCAGAAGACUUACAAGGAACAGGAGAAAGAAAGCAGAGAGGCAGCUAUGGAAAACUCCAUUUGCAAUCAGAACAAGGGAUUUGCACUUCUGCAAAAAAUGGGUUAUAAGGCUGGUCAAGGCCUUGGAAAGUCAGGAGCAGGAAGGGUUGAUCCAAUUCCUCUAAAUAUCAAAACUGACCGAGGUGGCAUUGGAAUGGAAGGGGUGAAGAAAAGAAAAGCCGAGGAAGAACUUGAACAUUAUCGCCAGAAAGUGCGGGCCAAACAACAAAAUGAGACAAAGUCUUUGGAAGAUUUCAGGUCACGAGUUCGGACGGAGAGAGAGGAGCGAAAGAUUGAGGGCGAUCUCAGAAGAAGUCAGCGAGCCUGUGAACAGCUUGACAGUCAGAAGAGCAUCACCAUCCCCAGAGAAGACUGGUACUGGCCUAAAGCAGAGACUGAUGAGGAGGAGGGUGACCUUAAGGAGGAGGAUGAGGAGGAUGAGGAGGAAGAGCAGGAGGAGGAGGAGGAGAAAGAAGCAGAGGAGGAGGAGGAGGAGGAGGAAAUCGUGGAAUUAACUUCCUUUGACAAACUACAAAUUUUGACAUCCUAUCUGAGAGGAGUGCAUUUUUAUUGCAUAUGGUGUGGAACCACUUAUAAUGAUGAAGAGGACUUGUGCUCCAACUGUCCUGGGGAUACAGCAGCAGACCACGACUGAACACGAUGAAAAUGAAUGUGCUCAGUGGUUCCCUGUGAAAAAGCUUUUUCAUUUUAAGGUGUGCUGAUCACACUUGGCUUUAAUAUGCAAUGUUGGCAGUUAGGUGAUCAUAAGUGGAGGACUAUUUAUUCUCGCAAAGCACAUCACUGUUUAUAUUGUCUGUAGUUGGUGGCCCUAAAAUUUUCCUUAGAUUUAGGAAGGCUGUGGGAAAUUUAAGAUCUUUUAUGUAUAUAUUUUUCAAAAUACAAAUUUUUUUUUCAAAAGUGUUGCAUACUUGUGUUUUCAUUAAAUAAAUAUACUUUGUUCUCUUAUAUAUUGUUUUAUGUAAGAUACCUAACAUACAAUAAAUCACUGAAGUUUUAAUUUACCCAACAAAAUGUAAGAUGUUACACUUUCUACGCCUGUAAUCUGUAUGAUAUCUGUCAUUUUUGCUUUAUGUGUAAAGUUGUGAGUUUACAUGGAUCUAAAAACGUUAUCUAUAAACGUUACGCUAUUUCAUUAUCCUCUAGUGCUGGUAUAGGAUUCCAACUUUCUUUUCUUACCACAAUAAAUCAGCAUUACAGCAAAUGCAUUAUGGUUGCCUGUU